GGCGCCUGAGGAGGGUGAACCGCGCGCCUCUUUGGUGGGAGUGGGAAGGAAGCGCCGGGUGUUCUUGCUUUCGAGUUUGACUCGUAUCCUCCCUUAACCUCGUAGGCGUGAAAGAAAAAAGCGGACGUUUCUUGUGUUCAGGAGCGAUUGUCGGUUUGUACUCUCGGGAUAUUUUGAAAAAAAUGGACCAGGUAGAAGAAACAUCUAGACGAAUUCUCUUGGAGCCAUAUAAUUACCUACUUCAACUACCAGGUAAGCAGGUCAGAACAAAACUUUCCCAGGCUUUUAAUCACUGGCUGAAUGUUCCUGAAGAUAAAUUACAGGUUAUCAUAGAAGUGACAGAAAUGUUACAUAAUGCAAGCUUGCUUAUAGAUGACAUAGAAGACAAUUCAAAACUGCGUCGAGGUUUUCCAGUGGCCCAUAGCAUCUAUGGAAUACCAUCUGUAAUAAACUGUGCGAACUUUGUGUAUUUUCUUGGCUUGCAAAAGGUUUUAACUCUUGAUCAUCCAGAUGCUGUAACAGUGUUCACCCGCCAACUGUUGGAACUCCACAAAGGCCAAGGCUUGGAUAUUUACUGGAGAGAUACUUACACCUGUCCUACAGAAGCAGAGUAUAAAGCCAUGGUUCUGCAAAAGACAGGUGGUCUCUUUGGACUAGCUGUGGGCCUCAUGCAGUUGUUCUCCAGUUACAAAAAAGAUUUAAAACCACUCCUUAACACUCUUGGGCUCUUCUUCCAAAUUCGUGAUGACUAUGCAAACUUACAGUCCAAAGAAUAUAGUGAGAACAAAAGUUUUUGUGAAGACCUCACUGAAGGGAAGUUCUCAUUCCCAACUAUACAUGCCAUAUGGUCUAGGCCAGAAAGCAGACAGGUGCAGAAUAUUCUGCGACAGCGGACUGAGAAUGUGGAUAUUAAAAAGUAUUGUGUACAUUAUCUUGAGAAAGUUGGUUCCUUUGAAUAUACACGUAAAACACUAAAAGAGCUUGAAUGUGAAGCAUAUAAACAAAUUGAAUUGCUUGGGGGCAACCCUGAGCUUGUAGCACUGAUUGAAUAUUUAAGUAACACAUUCAAGGACAGUGAGAAUUGAUAUAAUUGACGAUUAUGUUUUACUGGAAAUAAUUUUGGCAUGAACAAGAAAACCAUACUUCAUUCUAAAAUGUCUUUGUUGCAUAGGAACUGCUGUAAAACAUAUUUUAAGGAUAAGUGGGUAGGCCAGGGGCUAGGAUGUGCUCUAAAUCACUGGUUCUCAACCUUGGCUUACUCAGGAGUUGUGGACUGCAACUCCCAGAAGCUUUCACCACCAACU